GUGGAAGCCCUACCAGAAAAAAUCAUUGUAAAGUUACAUUACUGAUUUCCGCAGGCUUUUGACUUAAGAGAGCAACAGAUUACCUUAAAAGUGCAUUUGUAUUUUGUAAUGUCACAGAAGGAGUCAAAUCUAAGUCGGAUGGACGUUGCCGUUCUGUUAAAGCCAUCUCCCUGAAGUUGGAACUGUACCACCAAGGAGUGACUAUACCGGUUGCCCUACCCACAAUGGCAUAAAGGUGUUAUGUGCAGGUACAUGCUGAAAACACACAGGUACCUGACGAGUUGACUAAGAGGGACAAGCAGAAUCUUAUAACCUCCUCACAAGUCAUCAUGUCGCGUCUUAUCCCACUUCUCAGUGUAAUUCCUCUUCUUAUGAUCGGACCUGGAUGCAUAGCGCGUUACGCACCAAACUGGACUAGCCUGGAUGCCAGACCCCUGCCCCAGUGGUUCGACGAGGCGAAGGUCGGGAUUUUCGUUCACUGGGGGGUCUUCUCGGUCCCUGGCUUCGGCAACUUCAGUGAGUGGUUCUGGUAUUGGUGGCAGUCCGAGAAACGCGCAGACGUCGUUGAGUUCAUGCAGAGAAACUACCCGAAGUACUUCAAAUACACGGGUUUUGCGCACGAGUUUCGCGCAGAAUUCUUCGAUCCGGACGCAUGGGCGGAAAUAUUCAAAGCCUCUGGAGCCAGGUAUGUAGUAUUCACAUCCAAACACCAUGAAGGAUUCACAAACUGGCCCUCAGCAGUCUCCUGGAACUGGAACUCAGUGGAUGUAGGUCCUCACCGGGACCUGGUGGGAGAACUGGCUGCAGCUGUCAGGAAGAGAUCACUGCAUUUGGGUCUCUACCACUCUCUGUAUGAAUGGUACCACCCCCUUUACUUGUUGGAUCAAGUCUCUGGAUUCAAGACUCAGCAUUUUGUUGCCAGUAAGACUCUGCCAGAGCUUGUGAACCUCGUGAUGGCAUACAAACCUGAUCUGAUCUGGUCUGAUGGGGACUGGGAUGCACCGGAUACUUACUGGAACUCCACCCAGUUCCUGGCCUGGCUCUACAAUGACAGUCCUGUAAAGGAUGUGGUGGUUACCAAUGACAGGUGGGGCAAGGGCUGCUACUGCAAACAUGGAGGCUACUACAACUGCGCUGACAGGUACACGCCAGGUAAACUUCCGGACCACAAGUGGGAGAAAUGCCAGUCCAUCGACACCCGUUCCUGGGGCUACAGAAGAGACAUGAGGCUCAGUGAACUCAUGGACCUGCCUUCCAUCAUUAAGGACAUGGCGUAUGUGGUGGCAAUGGGUGGCAACUACCUACUGAACAUUGGGCCCAUGGCAGACGGCAUGAUCGCCCCAGUGUUUGAGGAACGUCUGAGGGGUCUCGGUGCCUGGCUGGGUAUAAACGGGGAGGCUAUCUAUGCUUCCAAACCCUGGAGGAUCCAGACAGAGAACAGCACCGUCCAAGUCUGGUAUACCUCCAAAAACAGUGCAGUUUAUGCCAUAAUCCUUGGUUGGCCGUCCAAACAAGUACUUCAACUUACAACACCGAAGAUAUCUGGGGCAACAAAAGUGACACUUCUGGACUAUCCUAACAAACCACUGAGUUGGGCACCAGUGACACAAACAGCUGGACUGGUGAUUCUUUUGCCUACUAUGCCAGCAUCUCCUGGAAAUGCCUGGACUCUGAAACUGGAGGGUGUAGCCUGACGUCAUAGAGUCAACUAAAUGAAGUUAUAUACUGUAGUUUUACAUCAAGAAGAAUGUCUAUACACUGAUGUUUGUGAACUAUACUUAAUGUAUUUGAAACUGUUGAUAAAGUUAUUAGCUAGGCUUGAAUGUUGGUAUCAAAAGGUUGUUUGUUAAUAAUCCCAAAAAUUCCCUCACUUUUCUAUUAGGCUUCCUUGAAAAUUGAGAAAGUGUUUUGGUGAGGUUUGUUGCCUCACUGUGGAACAGCCACCAAACUUGUUGGCAUGAAAUUUGGUUACUUUUUCCAAAGUGAAGGAUUUACUGAACAGUAAAUGCACUGUAGAUGCAUGAAAUGGACGUUUGCUUGUGGAUGUUAAUGUCACGGUAUGGAAAAAUAAAAGAGCAGGUAUACAUUACUGUAAACAAGUUAAAAUGAAGAAACACUAUAAAAAUAA